CGGAAGUGGGAGAGGAAGGCGGCGGCUGAGGAGGCUCGUGAGGUUCCAGAGCUGGAGUCGGUGUCGCCAGGUGCCAUGGGCUGGGCUGAGGCGCACUGAGGGGACGCGGGGCUGGGCCAUGGCCGGCGCUCGGGCUGCCGCCUCCCCCUCGUCGGGGUCCUCAGCCUCUUCAGGUAGUCCGCCGCCUCAGGAGCCGGGGCUCGGGGAGCUGCUAGAGGAGUUCUCGCGGACACAGUACCGGGCCAAGGACGGCAGCGGGACGAGCGGCUCUAAGGUUGAGCGCAUUGAGAAGAGAUGUCUGGAGCUGUUUGGCCGAGACUACUGUUUCAGCGUGAUUCCAAAUGUGAAUGGGGAUAUCUGUGGCCACUACCCCCGGCACAUCGUGUUCCUGGAGUAUGAGAGUUCUGAGAAGGAGAAAGACACGUUUCAGAGCACCGUACAAGUGAGCAAGCUCCAAGACCUCAUCAACCGAAGCAAGAUGGCCAGGUGCAGAGGACGGUUCGUCUGCCCAGUAAUCUUGUUCAAAGGCAAGCACAUUUGCAGGUCAGCCACGCUGGCUGGAUGGGGGGAGCUGUACGGACGCUCUGGCUACAACUAUUUUUUCUCAGGGGGUGCAGAUGAUGCCUGGGCAGAUGUGGAGGACGUCACAGAAGAGGAUUGUGCUCUUCGAAGUGGGGACACACACCUUUUUGAUAAGGUCAGAGGCUAUGACAUAAGGUUACUUCGGUACUUGUCAGUCAAGUACAUCUGUGACCUGAUGGUGGAAAACAAGAAGGUGAAGUUUGGCAUGAAUGUAACCUCUUCUGAGAAGGUGGACAAAGCCCAGCGCUAUGCCGACUUCACUCUCCUCUCCAUCCCGUAUCCAGGCUGUGAAUUUUUCAAGGAAUAUAAGGAUCGGGAUUACAUGGCUGAAGGGCUCAUAUUUAACUGGAAGCAGGACUACGUCGAUGCCCCCUUGAGCAUCCCUGACUUCCUGACUCACCCUUUGAACAUUGACUGGAGCCUUUAUCAGAGUUGGGACCUGGUGCAACAGACACAAAACUACCUGAAACUGCUGCUCUCCAUAGUCAACAGUGACGAUGACAGCGGGCUGCUGGUGCACUGUAUCUCAGGCUGGGAUCGGACCCCCCUCUUCAUCUCUCUCCUGCGCCUUUCCUUGUGGGCUGAUGGGCUCAUCCACACAUCCCUGAAGCCUGCUGAGAUCCUCUACCUAACUGUGGCCUAUGACUGGUUCCUCUUUGGGCACAUGUUGGUAGAUCGGCUCAGCAAAGGAGAGGAGAUUUUCUUCUUCUGCUUCAAUUUUUUGAAGCAUAUCACCUCCGAGGAGUUCUCUGCUCUGAAGACCCAGAGGAGGAAGAGUUUGCCAGCCCGGGACGCAGGCUUCACUGUGGAAGACAUCUGCAUGCUGAGACGAAGGGACCGUGGCAGCACCACCAGCCUUGGCAGCGACUUCUCCCUAGUCAUGGAGAGCUCCCCAGGAGCCGCGGGGAGCUUCACCUACGAGGCCAUGGAGCUGAUCCCGGCAGGCGCACAGACUCAGGCAGCUUGGAGGAAGAGUCACUCAUCCUCUCCACAGAGUGUGCUCUGGAACCGGCCACAGCUCUCUGAGGACCGCCUGCCUUCCCACCAGGGGCUUGUUGAAGCCAAGUCUUCCAGCUCCUCAUCCUCAAACCAUUCUGACAACUUCUUCAGGAUGGGUAGCAGUCCACUGGAAGUCCCCAAACCCAGAUCAGUGGACCAUCCCCUGCCCGGAUCCUCUCUCUCCACAGACUUUGGCAGCUGGCAGAUGGUAACGGGCUGUGGCAGUAUUCAGGAACGGGCUGUCCUGCACACAGACUCCUCUCUCCCUUUCAGCUUCCCGGAUGAGCUCCCUAACAGUUGUCUGCUUGCAGCUCUGAGUGACCGGGAGACGCGGCUGCAGGAGGUGCGCUCAGCCUUCUUGGCCGCAUACAGCAGCACAGUGGGGCUUCGGGCAGCAGCCCCCAGUCCCUCUGGUGCCAUUGGGGGCCUGCUGGAACAGUUUGCCCGCGGUGUGGGACUCCGGGGCACCAGCACCAGCACCCUGUGAAGCAGCCAGCCCACAUGCUUCCUGCUCCUCUCAGCUGAGCCCUUAGUGGAAUCAAAGCCAUGCCUGGCCAAGGGGUCCUUUGAGGUCAGGGGAAAAUCUCACUCCCCCUCUCCAUCACGUGCACAGCAGCCCCAAAGCUGAGCAGGGCCAAGAACAGGGUUUCCCAACCUUCAGCCACCAGACAUGACCACCACCCCAUCUAGUCACUGCCUCCCACCCACCUGGGUCUUGGCCAGGAUUCCCAUCAACUCUCAGAACUGCGUGGGUUUCCCUGGGGCCUGUGGAGGCCAGACUUAUAGUGGACCCCACCCCAAGUUGUCCCCUGGGGAGGAGGGGCCACCUGCACUGAGAAUGAGGCAGUUUGACACAGAUCACAAAAUAAAAUCAAAGUCUUUGAA